GAACGCGCAUUCUCUAUAUAUACCUUUCAGACCCUUGGAGCUUAUCAUAUAAGCUGGACGGCCUAGGGAAACCCUAGUUCUAUAUAAGUGAAAAUGGCGGUUCCUUUGCUGACGAAGAAAAUCGUGAAGAAGAGGACCACCAAGUUUAAGAGGCCACAGAGUGAUCGUAAGAUCUCCGUUAAGGAAAACUGGAGAAGGCCAAAGGGUAUUGAUUCCAGAGUAAGGAGAAAGUUCAAGGGAUGUACUCUCAUGCCAAACAUUGGCUACGGGACUGACAAAAAGACCCGACACUACCUCCCUAAUGGGUUCAAGAAGUUCGUUGUUCACAAUGUCAAGGAGCUUGAAGUUCUGAUGAUGCACAACAGGACUUACUGUGCCGAAAUCGCCCAUGACGUUUCCACAAGGAAGAGGAAAGAGAUUGUUGAGAGGGCAGCUCAGCUAGAUGUGGUAGUUACCAACAAGCUUGCUAGGUUGCGCAGCCAAGAGGAUGAAUGAACCAUUUAGAUCCACUUUUCAUCAUGUUUUGUAGUGAGAUUUCGUUAAUAUAUACAAUUUUUGUUGGAUUUAUGAGAUUUUGACAUUAAUGAGUUAUGAAUUCACAACCAUCUCUUUGACAAUACAUUUUAAGGACUUCCAAGUCAUGGCGUU